AUGGAGGACUCUGAGGAGGUUUGCCCUGUCCAUUCUCAAGACCUGGGCCUGAGGAGGCAGAUCCUGGAAGAGCAGAUCCAGGAGAUGGUCGGCUGCAUGGAGGAGUUAGAGAAGAUGUGUGCCCAGAAUGCUCCAGACUCUGGUGGGGGAAGCCCCGAGUGGUCUCCUGACCAAAACUUGGAGGAGGUCUCCAGCAUCAUCUGCUCUGUGGUCUUUGACUGUCGCUUUGACUACCAGGAUGAGGACUUCAAGACUUUCCUAGGGCUGCUGGCUGAAAACAUGAGGCGGAUGGGCACGUUUUGGGUGCAGCUGCAUGGCCUUUUCCUAGCUUUCCUGAGGCAUCUUCCUGGUUUUGAGAAGCAGAAGGAGUUUGGGGCCCAAAUAGUGAGAGAACAUGAGGUCUCUCUGGACACAGCUCAGCCCUGGCACUUCAUCGAUGCCUUCCUCAUUCACGUGCAGCAACUCCGAGAGAAAUACAGGGAUGUGUUCACGGUGUACCUGGGGCUGAAGCCUGUGGUCAUGCUGUGUGGGACAGAGGUCAUUCGGGAGGCCCUGGUGGACCAAACCGACGCCUUCUCUGGCAGGAGGAAAAUCGCCUCCAUUGAGCAAUCCUUCCAGGGAUACGGUGUCAUCUUUACCAAUGGGAACUGCUGGAAGACCCUCCGGCGAUUCUCUCUGGCCACCAUGAGGGACUUCGGGAUGGGAAAGCGGAGCGUGGAGGAGUGUAUCCAGGAGGAGGCUCAGUGUCUGGUGGAGGAGCUGCGGAAAUCCCUGGGUGACCCGGACAGAGAGAUGGAAGCCCUCCUGGACCCCACCUUCUUCUUCCAUGCCACCACUGCCAACAUCAUCUACUCUAUUGUCUUUGGAGAACGCUUUGCCUACAAAGAUCCCCAGUUCCUGCGGCUGCUGGAUUUGUUCUACCAGUCUUUCACACUUAUCAGCUUCUUCUCCAGCCAGGUGCUCGAGCUCUCCCGGGACUUCCUGAAGCGCUUUCCUGGCCCACACCGGCAAAUCUACAAAAACACGCAGGAAGUCAACGCCUUCAUCGACCUCAGCCUGGAGAAGCACCGCGAAACCCUGGACCCCAGCGCUCCCCGGGACUUCAUCAAUACCUACCUGCUCCGCCUGGACAAAGAGAAUUCCAACCCGGACACCGAGUUCCGUCUCCAGAACCUCAUCCUCACUGAGCUCUCGCUCUUCUUCGCUGGCCCUGAGAUCACCAGCACCACUCUCCGCUACGGAUGUCUGCUCAUGCUCAAAUACCUCCACAUCAAAGUCCAUGAGGAGAUUGAUGAUGUAAUUGGCUCACAUCGCCCUCCUGCUCUCGAGGACGGAGCCAAAAUGCCAUACACCGAUGCAGUCAUCCACGAGAUUCAGAGAUUCGCAGACCUUCUCCCCGUUAGCUUGCCCCACACGGUCACCAAAGACACUCACUUCCGAGGGCACACCAUCCCCAAGGCGAAACCAACUGGGUUCCUGAAUCUCUCCUGUGGCACUGAGGUAGUCCCCAUCCUGAGCACUGCUCUCUACGACCCACAUUACUUUGAAAAACCAGGUGACUUCAACCCUGACCACUUUCUGGAUGCCAAUGGGGCUCUGAAGAAGAAUGAAGCUUUUAUGCCCUUCUCCAUAGGGAAAUGCAUUUGUCUUGGUGAAGGCAUCCCCCAGAGCGAAUUGUUCCUUUUCUUCACCACUGUCCUCCAGAACUUCUCUUUGGCCAGACCUGCGGCCCCCAAGGACAUCGACAUUACACCUCAGGAGAGUGGUGUGAUCAAACUGCCCCCUGUGUACCAGAUCCACUUCCUGCCCCGCUGA